AAUAGAUUUUAGGGUUUAUUACCGUCCCAGUUCGGAAGCCUUUCAAUUCGAAGAGAGCUCCACCAUGGCCGGUUCGAAAGCAAAUGCAAAGAGGCAAAGUCAGAAGCGAAAACAGACAUUCGAUGCCGAACCUCAAACUUCUUCCAAACGGCACCGUUCUGAUAUUGCUCCGAAGCGUCACAGUCCCUGGAACAAUCUUGAACUCAUACUUUGCAUCCAAGACAAAGACCAUGAUCUUUCCAGUAAGGUUAAUCAGGCAUUUAAUUUUGUGCGGUCAAGAGUGGAAAAUGGUGUUGGCGCUUGUCAGGAUCGUAAUACUAUAAAACUUCCAAGACUAAUAUCUUACCUUAAUGAUUGGAUCGUGACAUUGUUAUUUCCUCCAAAUGGGAAGAAAAACUGGGGCGAUGCGAAGACACCACAAGUCGAGGGAAUUGAGGCAUAUAUGGAUAUUCGUUGUUGGGAGAUAUUCAAGUUCUUCUUGCAGGAAUCUUUGAAGUUUCACGGCUCCUGGAGUAUGCCCCGGAACCUCCUACAAACUGUUCAGUUUGUUGCCAGAGAUUUUCUGUCACUGCUAGAAGACACCUCUAUUAGUUCAGGAGAAGUUAUUAUAUCUGAAGAAAGGUUUAAAUUGUAUGGUACGGCUAUUGAUUGUGUUUCGUUGGUAUUCUUGUCUCAUGGUGGGUUGUCAAAUAAAAACUUGGACUUGUGGGUUGAGACAGCCAAGGUGUUGGUUGAUCUUGUGCUGAAAACUUAUAGCAAUAGCCUUGAUGACAGCAAUGUGGGUGCUCUUGCACAACGCUUUCUGUGGUCAGUGCUUCAGCCCUUCUCUAAGUUGGGUGUCCAUCGAGCUAAGAAAGGAUUUCAUAAUUUUGUGGAUAAACUUCUUGAGCCGCUGUUGCAUUUAUCUAGUGAGUUGCAUCUUCGGGUUAAUAGAAGUAAUCCCAUUUGGACGUCGAGAUUAAAAGAGGCAGUGGAAGAAGUCCUUUCUCAUGGCCUUUUUCAUCAAGUGCAUAUUUCUGAGUUUUUAAGCCUACAUGGUUCAGAAAAUGAUGUUACUGCAUGUGAUGAAAAAUCAAAUGACUCAAAAACAACCAUUAAGAGUUAUACUAGACAUUUAUUUGAUGUACUGAAUAGAAUUAUAGCUAGGAAGAAUGCUAUGGCCAUGGGUAGCUUAGGCUUGUUAUUUCAUUUAUAUGCUACUUCAGCAAGAAAAUUCAAACUAGAUGAAGGGCUCAAGACAACAGAGAAAAUAGGUGAUUCAAGGCAACCAGUGCCAGGAAAACAUUGUAACUCAAAUAAUAUUUCUGCAGACAUUCAAAAAUCUCUUUUUAAUUUUUUUGUACUGAUUAUGGAACCCCUUUUGCUGAAGAUUAAUGCCUACAUUGAAGUUGAAGUAGAUGCCAAUACCCUGUUGUUGGAUCUUCAUGGUUUACUAAAGUCUAUUGGUAAUUUGCUUGCUAUUUUUAUGCGAGAGAAAGUUUAUUUGAGAACAGAAGACACAUCUGGAGGAGCUUGUCUUAAUUUCUUGAAGAAAAUAUUUAAUACACUGAUAACUAGUUCUACUAGUGUACUCCAUUUCUCCAAUUAUGAUACAACUAACAAGAUGGAGAUAUAUGGUUUGCCUGCUAAUGAGAUUCUAGUCGCUAUGGGAUAUCUUUUGCAGAUUGAAUAUGAGGUUAUUGGUGAAGGCUUGGUAAAUUUAUGGCUUCUUAUCUUGUCAUUCUCUGCCAUUAAUUGCAAUUUGGGGAAUGCUUUUGAUCAAUGCUCAUUACCUUGUACUCUACCUGCCCUGGAGUGCCAAACAAUUCAUCUCUACAGUCAACUACGCCAGGUGGAAGUUGCUAUUUUAGCACUGUGCAAAGCUAUAAGGCUUAUUAUAUGUCCGGAGGGUUAUACUGAAGAAAUUUCUUCUAGGUUCUUGACAUUUCUGUCUAAUGAAGUUCAUUCUGAAGCAGUUGAAAGGCUGUUAUCUUCACAGAAUUUCAUUCAUGCCAUUUAUAAAGCUGUUGAAUCUAUUCCAGAAGGGCAGGUGUGUGGGUGUAUUAGACAGAUAAGAGAUGAUAUUUCAGAAUCUCUCAUGUGGAUGAAAGAUUUCUGCCCAUUGGUUGAUGGCAAGAAAUCACAAUUUUUUAAUCUACAAGUGGAACUGUUUGGUAGAGGGCUAUCUAGACUGUAUUGUUUAGUUCUUGGUUCGGUGACGGUAACCGACGGUAACCGCAAUCUUUUUGGAGUUUCCGUAAAAGAACUUAUGGAAUUAAUUCGUCCCUACUUGAGUAUUCUAGUUGGACAGCAGCCAGAUACAAUCUGCAAGUUCUUUUCUUCUGUCACAGGUCAAACUGUUGAUCAAGUGAUUAGAAAGGGAAAAUUUUUAAAGAAAUUUGGUAUGUCCAGCCAAUGGGUUCUUGUGUUCUUCUUUCAGUUAUAUGUGUCUUGCCAAACCUUAUAUAGGCAAGCAAUCCCUAUACCUCCUGAUUUGCCAAAAAAAUCUGCAGAGGUGGUGGAUUACACAUCAUAUUCUGCUUGUGAGUUGAUGGACAGGAUUGAUGAGAUAGACUUCGGCUUUUUUUCUUGGAUUGUUCAACCCUCAGGUUCCCUCCUUGAUGUUAUGAAAUUUAUUUCUGACAUAUAUCUUAAACAUGGCUCAGAUGAUUCUUCCCCUUUGAUCUAUAUCUUUCAAUCUAUGGCUCUUCGAAGGCUUGUUGACGUGAAUAAACAGAUUAUAUUGUUCAAGUAUAUGCAAAAGAAGCAUGAUUUGCAGAAGCCUUAUAAAUCUAAAAUCAACACACUGAAGGAAGAAGCGGUUGGACUUACUAAUUUUGUUAUGGAAAAUUUAUCAUGUGUGUUUCAAUCCCCAAUCUUUGUUUCUGAUUAUGUAACUUGUGAAGAUGUAGUUUCUGUGGCUACUCAAAGCAAUGAAUGUGAUCUAGGAGUUUAUUUUGCUGACAGAAAGUCAUUGCAAACACUCAUCUGGUCUAAUCUUUGCAAAAGUGUUGAUGUUUGGAGCAACCAUGCUUCAAAGAAGCAAAUGAAAAAGUUCUUCUCACAUUUACUCCAUACUUACCUUCAAAGUGGAACACAUAAUUUUCAAGAGUCAGGUGUGCAAGAAAUUGACAAAUUUAAGCUGCUGAAGAUGGUCACUCUGUCAGAAAUAUCAUCAGAACUUUUAAAUGAUUCUCUUUUGUAUAAACAAAAAUUUGUCCAAAGGAAUCUGGCCUCAAUAUUCUGCCAUGCUUUGGAGAAAUAUGCACUGCCAUUAUUUAAUAAUGUUCCUUGUACUGAUGUGAAUCUUCAGUCAUUGCCUAAUUGGGUUGAGUUUUUAAGCACCCUUGACAAGUCAACAGUGCUUAUUGAUGAGAAUAAAGAGAUUCCGGAAGAUUGUUCUGCUGUGGAAAGUUCAACCACUCAUUCACACAGCAAACUUCCUGCAGAUAUCAGCAGAAAAGAAAAGACUUUCCCUGUCACUGACAAAGUUUUUCGAGAUUGCCACCAUUUACUUGAUCUCUUAUGUUGGAUGCAAGAUAUAAAUGCAAGAUCAUUUUUAGGUCUCAUGACUUGUAUUUUCAACCUUGAACGGCUUCUUGUCAGUGCUAUUCUGUAUUUUCAGUGUACAGUGCACCAAGAUUAUUAUUGUGAGUACUUAAGAUUAUUUGUCUCGUGUCGGAGGGCAUUAUGGUGUAUAUUAAUUGGAUUUUAUGAGAAGGCAGAGAUUAUUCAAUCAUUACCGAACACAAUUGUUUCUGAAAGUUCGUUCCCUGUUAUGUGGAUUACAAAGUCAUUAUCUGUGGUUGUGGGGAUUACAGAGGCAUUCUCUGCAGAAAAUAUUAUUCUGUGUAAAUCUAUGAUUUUUUCCUUGUUGGAUUACACAUCACAUGUCUUGUUCAGCAUAGGUAAAUAUCAAAGUGUUUGUGCUAUUUCCAUUAAUAAAGAAGCUGAAAUGUCAUGUGAAGAGAUCUCUAAUCAUAUGAUAUGCCAUGAAGAGAAUAAUUUACUUUCAUCUUCUCAGAGCUCCCCCAAGCUUGAGGCAUUGAAAUGUUUAACCUUUAUGGCUGAGAAUUUGAAAGAGCAUAAACACAGUUUGCUUGUUUCUAUUAACAAUUCCCCUCAUAAUGUCAGCGUGGGAUCUGGUCUUACCACUGAAAACAUCAUUAGAUUCUCGUCUGCAGUUUGUUGUUUUAGUAGAGUGUUAUGGGGCCUCACAUCUUCCACUGGGCAAAGAGAUGCUAAAGAUAUUGAAGAAAAACAAAUAUUGAUGUGGAAAAGUGAGCAUGCCUCUGAACUAAAUAGUUGUAUAUCUGUUUUCAUGGAGCUUUCUGAUGUUUUUGUAAACAAAUUUCUUUUCGAGAGUAACCAACUUUCCAAAAGUUCACACAAUACACAGCAUUCUGAAGAUCCAGCUAAGGCUAAUACCUCAGCUGGUCCAGAAAAUGAAUGUAAAGCUGCUGCAACUUGCUUUACUUUAUCAGUUGAUAAUGUCUCCAAGGGUGUCAAUGAUCUAGGAAGGGCUUUGAAUCCAAAAGGUGAAAACUCUGUUGCGAGGGUUUUGGCCGGGGUGGACUACUCUGAGGCACAGGGUCUAAAUAAGCAUUUUUUGCGAAGUUUGGUAAAAGGUGAUCACCCUGAAAUAGCUCUUUUGCUGAGACAACUGCUAAUUGCUUUCUCAUCUCUUUUGAGGUUAAAUUUGCAGAGAAAUGAUCGUCUCUUACCUUCUAGUCUUGUAUCCACUUUCAUUGAAAUUUCACAACUCCUAUUACUAGAAUUUGUGGAGAUGGUUGUGGUCCCACAACAAUCUGCUUUGCUGUUGUUAGAUGGCGCUCACAGCUAUUUGAGAGAAUUGGUUAGUUAUUUUCCUUUCACUGAUCCUACAUCCUCUAGAAAAGUCUACACAGAAUUGAUUCAGAUUCACAUGAGGGCAAUAGGCAAGACCAUUUUGUUGCAAGGAAAAGGGCGAACACUAACCUUUCAUGAAAGACAGUCAAGUACAAAGCCACUUCGUUGUGGAUCAGUUGAAGCUUAUUCUUCUACUGAAUUGCACUGCUUUGCCUUGGAUGAAUUUAGAACCAGGCUGCGGAAGUCAUUCAGAGCAUAUAUAGAGAGGUCAUCUGAGCUGCAUCUUUUGUCUACUAUACAGGUCAUUGAGAGAUCUCUAGUUGGUAUUCUAGAAGGAUGUACUGUGAUUUAUGAUGUAAAAACAAGUAAAGAUGGGGAGGAAAUUUUGUCAGUUGUGGCAGGUGGCAUUGAUUGCUUCAGGAUGGUUCUUGAAUUUGUUUCAGGUCGGAAAGGCUUGAAGAUGAUUAAAAGACACAGCCAGAGUUUAGUAUCUGCUGUUUUCAACAUUAUUGUGCAUUUACAGAGCCUUCAUAUUUUUUAUGAUAACUUGGCAUCUGGAACAGUUGCCAGUACUCCUGAUCCUGGGUCAGCCAUUCUCAUGGGUGUUGAAGUACUGGUUACAGUAUCUAGAAAACAGGCUCAAUUCCCAAUGGAUGUGGGUCAAAUAUUACAUAUCCCUGCUGUACUCUUUCAGAAUGUUUGUCAGUUUAGAGUUACUAAAGCGUCUGGUCCAUCAGAAUCAUUGAUGAUUUCAAAACAGCAUAUUUGUGAUCCAGUAAAGAGAAUGGGUCACGUUGAUCACCAGUUCUUAGUUAGCCUCUUCAUUGUGUCUUGUCAACUAUUGUGUACCAUUAUUAUGCAUCGUCCAAGUGAGUGCAGACAGUGUGUUGCCCAUCUUGAAGCUUCUGUUGCGGUUCUUCUUAAUUGCAUGGAGACAGUUUCUGAUGAUGAAUCAAAAAUGAAUAAGGGUUUCUUUUCUUCAGAAGAGGAACUAAAAUGUGCCUGUUUUAUGAGAAGAAUUUAUGAAGAGAUAGAACAGAAAAAAGAUAUCUUUAGUCGUCAAUGUUCUCUGUUUUUAUCCAAUUACAUAUGGGUUUAUUCAGGAUAUGGUCCCAAGAGAAGUGGCAUCAGAAGAGAAGUAGAUGAAGCUCUAAGACCGGGUGUCUAUGCUUUAAUAGACGCUUGCUCAGUUGAUGAUCUUCAAUAUCUUCAUACUGUUUUUGGAGAGGGACCUUGCAGAAACACCCUGGCCAAUCUUUUGCAUGAUCGCAAACUCAACAAAUACGAAGGAAAAGUUUGAUCUUGAAAUUUUAUUGCUGAUAUUUUUUUUUGUGCACUCCUCUUUUGCCUGAGAGCAAGCUAUUCUUACAACUGGAAAUUAUGUGAUUAAUUUCCCGAGGCGGAGACGUUACAAGAGUUGGUUUCCCAACAAAGUGUUCUACGCAAGUUUAAAGAAUUUGGCUAUGUAUCAACUGGGUCGAUGUGCAUCACUAUUUGCCCUUGGAAUUCUUUCAAUCGAGAUUGAAAACGUGUCAACUAAUAUCACGGAAAGCGAGUACUGUGUCGAUACAAAUUGAAUUUAUAUACUUCUGGGCGUGGGACGAUAAUAUUUACACAGGUGCGUGAAAGAUCAAUGUAUUCUAAUUACUUUAUGAUGAAUCCAUAGUUGGAUAAAUGAAAUUUUAGUCAAUAAACCAAUACUGGAAGGAGCCACGAGGGUUAUGAUAGCAUUCCUUUCAUGCGUUAACUCGAAUAUUAAAAUUGUGAUGGUUUAUAAUUGUUCAGUUUCAAAAUACGAAGGAAAAGUUUGAUCUUGAAA